AUGGAACUUAAGCUGACGACACCCCGAACUCUUAGCAAUUCCAACCUUCAGAUACCUAUUCCCGUUCGAUUGCAUGCUUCGGAGGUCUAUAUAGCCACCCUUCUUCUUCCUCGACCUCCAUCAUCGUUUAACGAGAUCCGGGAAUACGACCUAUACAGGAACGGGUCGGAAUCGGAGACAAUGUCGCCAACGUCUCAAUCGGCUUCGCGUGAUAGCAUCGCGAAAGAGGACUCUUCCGGCUCCCAUGACUCGAAUAAUGAAACGGCUCUGACGAACAAUGGCGGGUUCUGGAAGAAGUUGGGUGCAGAGGCGGGCAACGAGACGCAGAGAGGGAUGAAGAGCCGACAUUUGAUGAUGAUUGCAAUUGGCGGAACGAUAGGGACAGGAAUUUUCCUCAGUGCUGGAUCGUCCAUCGCGCUGGCAGGACCUGGGAGCACUCUCCUGUCUUACUGCGUUGUCGGUUUGUUCGUCUACACCGUUGUUAUCGCGCUUGGAGAAAUGUCAUCAAUGUUCCCCGUCUCGGGCGCGUUCUCGACAUUUGGGACACGCUUCGUUUCGCCGGCGUUAGGCUUUACCCUGGGUUGGAACUAUUGGUUGCAAUGGAGUUUAUCAAUACCAAGCGAGCUGACUGCAGCUGCGGUCAUCCUCCAGUUCUGGACGCAAACUCUACAACCAUGGCAUUGGGCGAUUAUCAUCAUCAUCCCCAUGUUUGCUUUGCAAUUAAUUCAUGUCAGGGUCUAUGGCGAGACUGAAUACUGGUUCGCCAUGAUCAAAGUGGUCAUGAUCAUAUUCUUCAUUAUCGUCGGCCUCAUCUACGACUGGGGAGGAGUCAAGAAUCACCCAGGACCCGGUCUCUCGAAUUUCCAAAAUGGCCAAGCGUUCAUCGGCGGGUUCGCCAAUUUUGCGCAGACGUUCGUGUAUGCGUUCUACUCCUUCGGCGGUAUCGAGCUCGUCGCGAUCGCCGCUGGGGAGUCGGCGAAGCCGCACAAGUCGGUCCCGCGGGCGAUCAAGGCGACGUUCUUCCGGAUUGUGCUAUUUUAUAUCCUUGCGAUCUUGACGAUGGGAUUGUGUAUUAACCAUGCGGAUGAGACGCUUUUGAAUGCAGCGUUUGACAGCGACGUUGCGGCAUCGCCGAUUACGGUUGUGUUCGUGCGCGCUGGGUUUGGCGCUGCGGUGCACCUGGUGAACGCCGUUCUGCUCACGGCGGUCCUGUCGGCGACGAAUUCGUGUUUCUUCGCUAGCUCGCGCAUGCUGUUGUCUCUCGCACGCGCCGGGAACGCGCCGAAGGUGUUUGGGUGGGUCAACAAGCGUGGCGUUCCCGUUCCUGCACUUCUGAUGGCCCUCCUCUUCUCCUGCCUCACCUUCCUCACCACGAUCUGGGGCUCCGGCAUCGUCUUCACCUGGCUGCUCAACAUUACCGGCAUCUCCGCUCUCCUUGUCUGGACGUCCAUCGGGCUCAUCUCGCUGCGGUUCCGGGCGGCAUGGAAGGCGCAAGGACGUGACAUAACGGAUCUGCCGUACAAGCAGCCGUUGUUCCCACUGCUGCCUAUCGGGGUGGUGGUACUCGGGACGGCGAUGUUUGUUGGCCAAGGGUACGCGUCGGUGAGGCAAGAGCCAUUCGAGGCGAGGAAUGUUGUGGCGACGUAUAUCGGCGUGGCACUCUACACUAUCCUCUACACGGGGUACACGCUCUAUGAGCGGUUCUUCCUUGGCAAGACGAAGCACUUUGUUCCCCUCGCAGAGGUGGAUCUCGUCACCGACGCGGUAUGGGGCCCCGGUGAAGGUCCUGCGAUCCGAGCACGUGAACGCGGCGUGGGUGAGGAGAAGCUGGGACUGGAGAAGGGGCAAGCGGAGGUACUUGUGGAAACUGGGGACGAAAGAAUGGGGAAGCGUGCGCUUGGAAGGAUCUGGGGGUGGGCUAAGCGCCUUUGA